AUGUCUUCUCAAUUCUCUGACAUCGACUGGCUAGCUAUCAAUACUCUUAGAGUGUUAUCAGUUGACCAAGUGAAUAAAGGUAAUUCUGGUCAUCCAGGUGCUCCUCUGGGUCUUGCGCCUGCCGCUCACGUUUUAUGGAAGCAGAUGCAUUUGAAUCCAGAAAAUCCAACUUGGAUAAAUAGAGACAGGUUUGUGCUUUCCAAUGGUCAUGCCUGCGCUCUUUUAUACUCUCUAUUACACAUAGUUGGGUACCAAUAUUCAAUUGAAGACUUGAAGCAAUUCAGACAGUUAGACUCAAAGACGCCAGGCCAUCCUGAAUUUGAGCUUCCUGGUGUUGAAGUCACAACUGGUCCACUAGGUCAAGGUAUUUCGAAUGCUGUUGGCAUGGCAAUUGCUCAAGCAAAUUUUGCUGCUACAUACAAUAAACCAGAUGAAGGCUUUAUUUUAUCAGAUUCAUACACUUACGCUAUUUUGGGAGAUGGUUGCCUACAAGAAGGUGUUUCCUCUGAAACAUGCUCGUUAGCAGGUCACUUGAAACUGGGUAAUUUGAUUGUACUUUAUGAUGAUAACAAAAUUACUAUUGACGGUAAGACUGAAGUAUCCUUUGAUGAAGAUGUUUUAAAAAGAUACGAAGCCUACGGAUGGGAAACCAUGUCCAUUGAAAAUGGCAAUGAAGACUUGGACGGAAUUGCAAAUGCAAUUCAAAAGGCCAAAGAAAAUAAAGAAAAGCCAACUCUCAUUAAAAUUUCAACAACUAUUGGUUUUGGAUCUCUCCAAGCUGGUUCACAUUCUGUUCAUGGUUCGCCUUUGAAGCCAGAUGACGUAAAACAGUUGAAGAAGAAACUUGGUUUUGAUCCAGAGAAGUCAUUUGUGGUUCCACAAGAAGUUUAUGAUUUCUAUCAAAAGGAGAUUGUAGAGCCUAGUAGGGAAGCAAAUAUGGAAUGGAUUAAAAAAUUCAAAGAAUACCAAACAAAAUUCCCGGCCUUAGGGUCAGAACUUGACAGAAGAUUAAAUGGUGAAUUGCCAGCAGAUUGGAGCAGUAGCUUGCCGGUCUACAAUCCCACUGAUUCAGCUGUGGCAACAAGAAAAUUAUCUGAAAUUGUACUUGAAAACAUUUAUGCCGCCUUACCAGAACUAAUUGGCGGUUCUGCCGAUUUAACCCCAUCAAAUCUAACAAGAUGGAAGGAAGCUAUAGAUUUCCAGCCUCCAUCAUCUGGUUUAGGUGAAUAUUCAGGAAGAUAUAUUAGAUACGGUGUUCGAGAACAUGGUAUGAGCGCUAUUAUGAAUGGUAUUUCUGCAUUUGGCGCAAAUUACAGACCUUUUGGUGGAACAUUUUUAAAUUUUGUGUCUUAUGCUUCUGGGGCUGUCAGAUUAGCAGCUUUGUCAGGCCAUCCUGUUAUCUGGGUUGCUACACAUGAUUCUAUUGGCCUGGGUGAAGAUGGUCCGACACAUCAACCUAUUGAAACUUUGACACACUUUAGAGCCCUUCCAAAUAUGCACGUAUGGAGGCCUGCUGAUGGUAAUGAAACAUCAGCUGCUUACAAAGCUGCUAUUGAAUCUACACACAGUCCAAGCAUCAUAGCUCUAUCAAGACAAAAUUUGCCCCAAUUAGAGGGUUCUUCAAUUGACAAAGCACUGAAGGGCGGAUAUGUUAUACACGAUGUUGAAAAUCCGGACAUUAUUUUGGUGUCAACAGGAUCAGAAGUCCAUCUUUGUAUAGAGGCCUCAAAGAUGCUGGCCAAGAAAGACAUGCCUGUUAAGGCCCGUGUCAUUUCUUUGCCUGACUUUAUGACAUUUAAUUCACAGCCUCUAGAUUACAAGAUGACGAUAUUACCUGACAAUGUCCCAAUCAUGUCAGUAGAAGUGGCAGCCACCUCUGGUUGGGGUAAAUACGCUCAUGAACAUUUUGGAAUAGAUAGAUUUGGUGUCUGCGGUAAAGGACCUGAUGUUUACAAAUAUUUCAACUUUGUUCCAGAGGGCGUAGCUGAAAGAGCUGAAAAAGUAGCAGAAUUCUAUCAGGAUAGAGUCGUAUAUUCUCCUUUGAAUAGAGCAUUGCCAUUCAAUACCACUACAGAGUUUUAG